AUGAGCCAAAUCACAACACCCCAGCAGCUUGGGGACUGGGUUGAGUCGCUCCUGACGCAAGUCGAGACGCGGCUCGGCGAGCGCAACAAGCAGGUGGAAAUGCGGAUGAACGAAAUGGCCGAUCGCAUCGACGCGCUCGAAUCGUCGAUUCAGGAACUGGUGCACGGUGCCGAGACCGGCGCGGGGGUGCCUGCUAGCACCUCGAGUAUCACCGCGAGUGAGACGCACUAG